GCCCUCUUUCACCAGCCUCCUCUUCCUUUCUACCCCCAGCCGGCGGGGGUCCCCGAGAUCUCGCCGGAAUUCACCCUGUCAUCUUCGCAAUCUGCCAGUAUCUGGCGUUGAUCUUGCCGGAACCAUGGCUUCCGGCAGAUACAUGGCCUACUCCCCCUCCCCCUCCACUGCCCCCCAGUCCCCUCACAUCUCCGGCAUGCGCUCUGCCACAAACGCGUUCGUCGAGCAGGAGAAGCAUCUAGCAGAGUUGCUGGCUGAGCGUCAGAAGCUCGGCCCUUUUAUGUCAGUACUGCCCAACUGCUAUCGAUUGCUGAACCAGGAAAUUUUGCGUGUAACCACACUGUUGGGGAAUGCCUCUCUUUUAGAUCAAACCGGGCUUGAACAUGGUAGCCCGCUGACCACUGGAGGACUGUUUUCAAAUGGAGGAGCAGCUGAUAUGAAUGGGUGGGCAUCACCAUUUCAACCAGAAAGGUUAGGAUUGUUACAGCCUUCAUCAGCACAUGGCUGGUUUGGACCACAAGGCAGCUCCUCAGGUCUCAUUGUCAAAAAAACUAUCAGGGUUGAUAUUCCUGUGGACAAAUACCCAAAUUACAACUUUGUUGGGCGGCUCCUUGGUCCUCGAGGAAACUCUCUCAAGCGAGUGGAAGCAAGUACUGAAUGUCGUGUCCUCAUUAGAGGCCGGGGCAGCAUCAAAGAUCCUGCACGGGAGGAAAUGAUGAGAGGAAAACCAGGGUAUGAGCAUCUGAAUGAGCCCCUUCACAUACUAAUAGAAGCAGAGUUGCCGGUUGAAAUUGUUGAUGCUCGCUUGAUGCAAGCUCGUGGCAUUCUUGAAGACCUACUCAAGCCUGUGGAUGAAUCGCUAGAUUUCUUCAAGAAGCAGCAACUUAGAGAGCUUGCUAUGCUCAAUGGAACACUCCGUGAGGAAGGUGCACACACAUCACCUUCUGUCUCCCCCUUCCACAGCAGCCUCAGCAUGAAGAGGGCCAAGACGAGGGGGUAGAUCGAGCGAGAUUACCUUGUUGCUGGCCCUUCUUCUGUGGGCCAUCCUUUUCUGCUCUGUUACAGCCAUAUCUCCAUUAAAGGUUGCCAUAUCAAAUCCAUGCUCUGAUACACUAAGUCUGUGCGAUGGGAUGAAGGCAUGCUCUAACUCGGGUUGUCUGAAGUGCGUGUUCCUGCUACUGGGGGUGGGGUUGGGGUUGGGGAUUGGGGUUGGGGGUGGAUGGAUAUGGGAUACAGACAGCAAACCAUUUUGGGUUGUGGAAUCUGCCUAUGUUUGUACCUUACUAAGUGAAGAACAGAUACUUGUCUUUGUGAUCGUAAUAGAGUUAAUAUGCGUGUGUUUUAUAGUUUUGAUACCAUUAUGGGUGUUGUAUAGAAACAAUAAGUCUUAAGAGUUUUGUGUAUAGAACUGUGUGACGGCAGUCCGUAGUCACCGAAGGCAGGUCUGGGUAGUUGAGUGUCCUCAAUGUUUACUGUUCUACAUCUCAUUUAUUAUAGUGAUUUCCUCCUGAUGCAUGUAUCUGAAUGCAGCUUAUUAAA